CCUCCCCGAGUUGAAAAUGGAGUUCGAUUAAAGCAGAUGUCCACCAACUUCUCAAGGAGAUUUCGGCUCCAGGCGUUUUUGCUUUGCGCGUCGGUAUUAGUGUUUCCCACAGCCGAAACCCUUUCCCUUUUGGCUUUGGAUGCCUUUACUGCAAAUUACUCGGACACGUUGACGGAGGGAGCAACGCUGCACGGCGCUUUUUCAAGUGUUGUCCUGGACCUGAAGUUGGCGAAUGGAUGCUCGACAGCCAGCCAUAAAUAACCUGCCAAACGCUACAGCCCACAGCGAUUUCUACAUUUUCUGAGGAUCUAUAAGCAUCUCUGUCUGCAAAGCGAGGGAUCCGUGCUCGUUGAAGAGGAUGGUGCCCGUGGCCCAUUUGUCGUGGUCGGAUUUUACUUCCAGGGAGGAUAAAAUGAAUCAAGGGUUGUCAUUCCUCCUCGCGAUUUAACAUUAAGUCCCAGGCAGCCAGGCUAACGUGAAGCUAGCUUCUCCUGGUCUUCGCGGGGACCCUUACCCAGGCAUGCCCCCCCACCCUCCUCUCUCCCUCCCGUACACCGCUUGCUUACUGUCCAAAAUAGUGGGGUAAUUUCUGCAUGUGGAGGAAAAUGGUGAUAUUUGUGGCAUUUUAUCCCGCCGUCGCUGCGUCGUCGAUGCUAUUGCUAGGAUUUGGAUCCCCGUGAGGAAAAAGAUGAGUGAAGAUUCAACAAAUCCAAACAACGAUGACAGUUAUGCGCGUGUGAGAGCAGUGGUCAUGACUCGGGAUGACUCCAGUGGUGGGUGGCUUCCCCUUGGCGGCGGAGGCCUUAGCUGUGUCACCGUCUACAAGGUCAGCCGGGCGGAGGACAGCAGCAGCACCCACAGCGGAGGCAGCGGAGGAAGCAGCAGCAACCUCAGCCCCUGUAGCCCCAGUCCUAGUCCGAGCCCCAGCCCCAGUCCCAGUCCCACAGCCGUGGAGUUCCACAUCAAGGGCGAAAGGCUCAAAGACAAAUUGGUGGUACUGGAGUGUGUUCUUCAGAAAGACCUGAUAUACAACAAAGUUACCCCCAUCUUCCACCACUGGAGGAUCAACGACAAGAAGUUUGGACUGACCUUCCAGAGCCCUGCUGACGCUCGCGCCUUUGAUCGGGGUAUACGCCGGGCCAUUGAGGACAUCAGCCAAGGUUGUCGGGCGUUUGGGGACGGGGACACUCCUGAGGAUGGCCUACCGGCGUGCGACGAGCCUCCCUCCAUCUGUACCCCGAUGAAAGAGCCCUUCUCUCCUCUCAACAAUGUCGUCUCCACCGAGCCGUUCAGGAGCUGCUACGUGCGCCCUCAGCCCUUCGACGACUUCCCCUCUAUCAAUCGCCGCUACCUGCCUCCACAGUCGACUCGCCGCGUCAGCUUCCGCAUGGACGAGGAGGAGAUCGUUCGCAUCAACCCUCGCAAGGACGUGCUCAUCCGGGGCUACGAGGACUACCGGCAUCCCGUCAUGUGGAAACACGAGGCCGACCGCGAGGACCUGGACUUCCCCACCUCUUUUCACAAACUGGACAGUAAGAAAUGCGAGUACCUCUUCCCCGACGGCCCCGGUGGGGACUCCCACUCCGGCUCUGGCAUGGGCAUCGGGACGGGCAUGGGGCUGGGGCUCGGGCUGGGCAAGGACACGGCCAUCAAGACUCAGCCCUCGCCCCUGUUGAAGAAGGGCCGUCGGCGGCGGGAGGACGGCGAGCGCUCGCGCUGCAUCUACUGUCGGGAGAUGUUCAACCACGAAGACAACUGGCGGGGGCAGUGCCAGGACGCCCCCGACCCGAUCAAGCAGUGCAUCUACAAAGUCAGCUGCAUGCUGUGCGCCGAGAGCAUGCUGUACCACUGCAUGUCUGACUCGGAGGGGGACUUCUCAGACCCCUGCUCGUGCGACACGUCCGACGAGCAGUUCUGUCUGCGCUGGCUGGCCCUGGUGGCGCUCUCCUUCAUCGCGCCCUGCAUGUGCUGCUACCUGCCCCUGCGCGCCUGCCACCACUGUGGCGAGGCCUGCCGCUGCUGCGGGGGCAAGCACAAGGCCGCGGGGUGACCCCGACGCCGGGGACACUGGGACACCCUCAAAGCUAGCUAACAAAGGAAGUGGAUAAAAGCGGAAAAUUAAAAAGCCGGCAUCCUUUUUUCAUUCCCCUCUCAGACGGGGUGAUGUGUUGUUGAUCCCCAGCUCUGAGGGCUUUUGGAGAUUUCAGUUUGUGUUUGUCGCCGACAAGCAGCAGUGGAGGACAAACCAUGUGCUUUGUGGGGGCUCUGAGCGUCAAGCUAAGUUCAGGAGCUUAAUCUGUGGAAAAGAGGAGGAGGAGGAGACAUCACGAUAAACAGACUUGGAGAUGUUAUUACACACACACACACAUGUGUACACACACACAUACACACACACCUCUCUCACAUUCACAGUCACUCAUUGAGAAGCCAGGCCACAAAUCUCAGAACUCUAGUACAAGUAAUGUGUAACUUUAUGAAGGAAAAAUUGUCUUUUGUACAGAGAGGGACAACUCAAAGACGAUAAAUGAAAACAAAACUAUUCUGCGUUGAGAAAAAAGUACUUGCUGUUUGAGUAUGCUAAAAGGGAUAUGUUCUUGCUUUUUUUUUUUGUGAAUUUGCAGUUGGGUAACAGUGGCCUUUCCUUCAUGGCUUAAAGCAUUCGCUGACAAUGUAAUUACUAGACGGAGAAAAGUGCACUAGAAAUGGUAUUUCCCCCCACCCCCCAGAGUAAAUGUAUCCCCCUUUCAAAUUCUUGUGGUAUAUUAACCACCAUGUUUAGUGUAAUUUUAACAUUUGAGAGAUGUUGCUGUGGUGGAUGUUUGGCCAAUUGAUUUCCUUGUUUUCCUUUCCAUGGGAUGUUUUUUUUUUUUUUUUUUUAACAAAAAAAAAGAAGAAAAAUCAAACAGUAACAACUUAUUCCUGAACAUACAGCGUUGAUGUAGGUUUUGAAGGUGUUAAAAUGAUUACUUUGCCUCCCUGAGGUAAUUCAGACCAUUUGAUAGCAUUCCAAAAUAAAGGGAUCGAAUCCUCAGUGAGAAGGGAGUAAAAUGGUAAAGACUUUACCAUGUCGAGUUUCCCGAAAUAGUUUUAUUUUUUUUUUAUUAUUAUUAUUAUUAUUCACUUCAAUGAAAUAGCAAAUUAGAACCUCUUGAACCAUUUAAAAUUGAAACCAGUACAUUUGAAAUUUCUGUUUUUCGCCGAGUUAUUUACUGCUGUAGUGAAAUUGGUGUUUUUGUUUCUUCAUUGUUAUUUUCCUGCUCACUUUUAUGAUUAGUUUUCGAAUCAAAGGUUGAAUUGUUGCUCAACCAGCAAGUUUUGUUUUGGUGAGGCAAGGGGUUACACAGUGCUCCUUGGUUAAAAACGACGAGGCACUUAAAUUAAGGCUGUCCUUCGAUUGAGAAACCCUCAAGAUUUUGGAAUUAGUCUGUAUAUAAAUUUAACUAAUUAACAUCCUUAAAGCACUGCUCUCCAAGCUUUGGUUGCAGCACCCCUCUCCAAAUGUCCAUGUUUGUCCCAUUUUUGCUUUCUUUAUUUUCCCCCUUCACACGCACGCGUAAAUGUAGUAUUACAUCAUCCACUCCUUCCAUGUGUCUUUGCUUAAACGGGCCCUGAGUGAAUGGAUGCAUCGCUUCAGGAAUGCUGAGUAUCGUCGAUAUGGAAAACACCAGAUGUUCUGUAGUGUGUGUGUGCGUGCAUAUGUUCUCAUAUGCGCAUGUCAUGUGACGUCACCGCUGACUGUUAAGGCUUUUGACUCGUAGCGGUUUUGUUUCUCGAAGCGUCUUCGUCUUUUGGCUCCGAGGCUAACAGAGAGGUGAAGUAGGCUUUCUGUCCGGGUUAGAUGAAGGAGAUAGACUGAAUCUGGGGGAGAGCAGCCUGGCUUUUUCUAAACGUAACGCAAUCCAUAAAAAAAAAAGAGAAAAAAAAGUAUUUUCUGAUUUUCUGGAGUCUUGUCACCUUAAGAUUGAUCAGAAACCAGGAAGUCACGUUGUUCGACCAUUAAAUAGUCCAACACGACUCUUUUCAAAACCUUUUUAUAUUAGGCUUAAGCUGUAACAUGCUAAUUUGCUGUAGGCCAGGCUAGCUAGCUGUGCUGCGCUCCACUAGGCUAGGCUAGGCUAGGCCAGGCUAACCAUUUGCUACCACUUCAUAUUGAACCGACAGAGUGGUGUCAAUCAUCUCAUCUAACCCUUGACAAGAAAAGUCAAACUGCUACUUUUAAGUUCGAGAAAACACAGUUAAGACAGAUCCCACUCAAAAGAAAGGAAAAAUGACCGACUCUGUUCCAAAUAACACUUAGAUGAGAAAGUCCCUACAGAAAAGAAGGUCAGUUUGGAUAUCUGGCUGCAAUAACUGAUACUCUCCCUAACUAAAGCUCAUUUUAAGUUAACUGUAACACAAUAACAGAUUUGGUGCAACAUCUAAAUGUGAACACAUAUGCAUCUCCUCUCACCUCCCGUCACUCCUAACUUAAAACAAAAAAAGAAAAAAAAAGAAAAAAAAAAAGAAAACGGCGUAACCUCGAUCUCGACACAAAGAUAGGAGAGACAUUUAUUUUCCUAGUUCCGCCCCCCCACUACCACCAACGCUCCCUUUACUUUCUAUGCAAACUUUCUAACGCGGGAAACACAUUGACCUCUCCACAGACUGAGUCAGUGACGGGACAGGACACUUUAAUAACGCUAUAUAGCUAGAGGACGGACCCCUGGUACCAAACUCCAAACACCUGUAAAUACGUAACACUAUAUUUAAAUACCGAUUAAUAAUCCCAGCUUUUUUUUUUCUUCCUUUUUUUUUUUUUUGUUGUUUUAUUUUUUUGUCUGAAAUUUUAAAGAUAGAGCUGUAUUUAUCGUUGCUGUCAGCAUAUACUGUAGCUUCAAAUGACAGCAUUAUGUACAUAGGUCACCUUUUAGUAUUAUUUCACAUUGAAAAGUAGAGGGCGUUUGUGAUGGAAAUGACUAUUGAGCUUCUAAUAGAGUUUCUCUCUAGUUUUGUACGGUAGAAGGAAGGAUAGCGCUAACACGGUACAGUAGUGGCAGUCCACUUGUUUCUAAAGUUUGAUAUAUAAAUAUAUAUAUAUAUAUACAUACACACGUAUAAAGCUGCUAGAUACAAUCACUAAUUUUAUUGUGUCGACAGAGAAAAUCAGCUAUGAACGACUGUUAAAAUCCUAACUCUCCAACAGCAUAUAACAACGACGGUCAGUUUUUAAACGUUUGAUUGCUCUGUGUGAUGAAGUGGACACUUGUGCAUGUGUGUGGGUGCGCGAGUGUUAAACUAAUAUGUGCACCGCCGGUCAAAAGUUUGGACACACCUCGUCAUUGAAUUGAAUGCGAAGGUGUGUCCAGACUUUUGACCGGUAGUGUACAUAUAUAAAUAUAUAUAUUUAUAUAUAUAUAUAUAUAUGUGUGUGCGUUCUUGUGUGCCCACGAUUUGUGUGUGCUUGUGCGUGUGUUUCCAGGUUGCCGGCGGUGUGCGUGCGUGCGUGCGGGGUUGGUGUGUAACCAAACGUUUGGUUGCUUGUCAUAUUCUCCCAUUGUAAUCGGAUUGCCCUGCAUUAAUGCAAGCUGAACCAAGGUUUGAUGAACCUGAUUAAAACUUGCUGGCUGAGAAGCAAAAUGUAGGACGUGCAUUUAUACAAAAAGUGUAGAGAAUGCUGAAAUAACACUUCUCAUUCUGCAUUAACCAGCACAGUGCAACUUCCUGUCAUGUACUGUAUUAUAUAUGCAACAUGUGUCUGUCCGCUUUAAUAUAUAUAUUUUUUUGACCUGCAUUAUAUAAGACUUCAGUUUUAACCACUUUGCUGCUAGUCUUUUAUCCUCUUUCAAUCUUGGAAAUUGUGCAUAUCUUUGGGAAUGCAUACAAGUGUACAUUCUUGACAUUGUGUAGAUUUAAAAAAAAAAAAAAAAGAAAAGAAAAAUCUAUAUAAACCUCUUUCUCUUCAGUGUAUUGUUUUAAAAAGGUUACUUUUCACAGCAGUUGAGUGGUUAUGUUUCAAUUCUCCGAUGCUUUGGUGCACUGAUGAUACUAUAUGUAAGCUUUUUUUCAUCUUACAGCGCUUGAUGUAACAUUUAUGUGAUUAGUUCUAAAUAGUGGAAGACAUUUGUGUUUUGAAACUUGCAGUAUAAAUGGUACUACUCUUAACUAUUCUGUAAACACUGCCUGUUUUCUUUCUUUCACUCUGUGCAUAUUUCUUUUCCCUGUGCAUCUUCUUUCUCUUUAAGUUUCUUAGUGCCAUCGGCUUUCACAUCCUGACAACCUCAAAAAAGUGCCUCACGUCCAUCCUAGUUUCCAUCUUAUAACUUAACAUCUCUCCUUCUGGUUUUAUUGGUUUCUACACGUCUAGGUAUUUCUUAUCAUGGUUCGAGAAUACCAAGUAUCUGAUGUAAAAUUUAUAGUCCCAAUAACUCAUGUCAUAGUUGUAUUUUCUUUAUACAGAUGUAGCUUGUUACUUUUCAUAAAUAUAUAAUGUAAAUAUGCAUACAUAUGUUUGUAACUGUUUUUAUGUUACAUCAUACACUUGUAAUUUGACAUAUCAAAUAACAUUAUCAUAAUAAAAUGGUGAGUUUUA